AUGGGGCGGGGCUGAGGCUCCCUUCUGAAGUAUCGGUCUUCCCCGCCGCGACUUAACCCCGGAAGCAGGGUGGCGGGCUCCUGUGCUGGUGCGGCGGGGGACUGCGGCGCGAGCUUCAGUACUUCACCUAAGGGAGGCAAGACUCAUGAGCUUGGAUGUUCAUUUCCUCAUCUCUUUGGUGGCUUAUCAGAGAGCUGACCUGGCAGGUCUCAGCUCAAAGGAGGAGCAGACUGAUACCAGCCUGUGGGCUCCAGCAGCUCCUUCCCAGCAAGGCGCUUCUUUAAGCAGUAACGGAGGAAGCAGCAAUGUUUCACUUCUUCAGAAAGCCUCCGGAAUCUAAAAAGCCCUUGGUACCAGAGAGAGAAGCAGAUGGAUUUGUCCUUUUAGGAGAUACACCUCAUGAGCAAAGAGUGGCAGCAAGAGGCAAAACUUCAGACAUCGAAGGCAAUGAGACUUUGGAGAUUGGCAAAGAAAACUCAUCCAGUGUGACUGUAGCAGGCCCCGAGAUGGAAAAUAAGGCAGGCCAGACUCUGGAAAACAGCUCAUUAAUGGCCGAGCUUCUGAGCGACGUACCCUUCACCUUGGCCCCGCAUGUGCUGGCCGUGCAGGGCACCAUCAGUGACCUUCCCGACCACUUACUCUCCUAUGAUGUCAGCGAAAACUUAUCAAGGUUUUGGUAUGAUUUCACUCUUGAAAACUCAGUGCUCUAUGGUUCGUAAUCUUUAUGUCUGUUUGCACCUUAACAGCUUUAAGACAAAAGUUUGCCUGUUUUAUUUAACCUGUGUGAUGUUUUUUGACAUUUCCCUGUUUAAAGGCCCUUAAAGGCCCUCAGAAAAGCAAGGAUCAUAAAGCAAUUAAUAUUACAUUCAUUGCUCUAUUUUUUUAGAAUAAAGCAUAUUUGUAUAAAAAGUAAACUUAAGAUCUACUACUUCCUUUUCCCCCUAAUAAUAAAUACAAAUAUUAAUUUAUCAAGGUUUUAUGAAAGGAGUAGAUUCCGUCAACCGGUCUCUCAAAAUACAACACCUCAUAUUUAUCUUAGAAAAACUGUGAAAAAGAACUGAGGCAUUUUUCUUAGUUACCACAAGAAACUGAAGUCUCCACUUAGAAGGAGUGUGAUUUCUCUUCUCUGGUUUGGAAGAAACUUACUUAAUGUUAUCCCCUUUCUCCUUCCACUGUGUUUAUUAAUGAAUUCAGAAAAAAAGAAAAAAAGUUGGCAGUUAGCUUAAUUUCUUCAGUCUUGAUUUAGACAUUGAUGUGGAAAUUUACAACUUUUCCUAGAAAGCAAUGGUAGUUUGCUGAUGUAAGAAUGCUGUAAGAAGAAUGCUCUGGAUACUGUUCCUUUUGAAUGACAGAUUUUGGUUUCCUUAAUCCCGUGGCAGUCUGUUCCACCUUGAUGGAGUCCUGAGUUCCUGCCUUUGGUUUUUGCUACUUCACGGUUUGCUCUCUCACCAGCUUUCCAAAGAACGUUCCCUGCUUCUGCCUCAGUUGGCAUUUGUUCUCCUUACCACCUCUGUUCCUGGUUUAUGAAGAGAUCCAUAUUUCCUUUCAACCUCUCUGCCUCCCAAAGAAAAGCAUCUCACAAUGAUAUGUAUUAUUGCUGAUAAAGCCCUUAUUUAGAAAUUUGUUGGCCAAAAUACAGAUGGAAAUGUUUUACUGCUACAAAAACUGCAACUGACUCAUUUCCAGUUAGAGUGUAGGCAAAACACCUAAACAGGACUUUUAGUUCGUGAAUAUCUGUUAUUUAUUCCAGAAAACUGCCAUUGGUCCAUAAACUGUAAAGGGAAGAGGUAAAUUGUGAUAGAGCAUUUUCUAUGCCAUGGAAAAUUUAAAUCACAUUUGUUUUGAUUAGUGGCAAUACAGUUUAUUGAUUCUGUGCCAAAUCUUAACUAUAUGUUUCACAAAGGUAGAGUGCCAUAGCAAAACUAAGUACUGUGCAUAAAGGUACGUGAAUUAUUCAAGUUUUAAUGUGUCAUGCAUGUUGGUUUAAUAUAUGUGGCAUGGUCUUGAUAAAAUGUUAUAUUAUUUAUAAUGUAAAUGUACAUUUCUAUUGCCAGAAAUAUGCUUCACUUACAAAUAAUGCUACCAUAUGAGGUGAAUGAUUAAAUUAGAGCUUCACGUAGUUU